GUCAUGUCCGGUUUUGACGCCAAUCAUGUAUAUUCCGUAUCUGUGCACGAUCCAGCGCCUAUAUCAGCGCCUGAAUCUGCUUCUGAGAACGAGCGAUUGCUUCUUGACUUUCUCCUACAGUACCGGGUUGGAGGAGAGUUCAUCUACAGGGAUAAGCUGAGAGCAAAUCUUCUCCUGAAGCAACACCAGUUGGAGGUGGACCUUCGGCAUGUCGGACUCUACCACGACGAGCUGGCACACGCAAUCCAGGACCGACCGGCGGAUAUCCUCCCUCUGUUUGAAAACGCUGCCACGAAAGCCGCUCGGGCUAUUCUCUUUCCUCUGGCGGGCGGGUCAGAAGAACGAACGGAAGCCGCCGCCCAGUCCAUCCCCAAAGUCCAGAUAACCGUCAAGUCCGGCCUGAAUCUCUCCCAGUUUCGUGAUCUUACUGCAGACACUAUGAAUAAGUUGGUUCGAGUGCCGGGCAUCGUCAUCUCUGCUUCCGUACUCUCUUCAAGAGCUACCAAGUUGCACCUUCAGUGUCGAGCAUGUCGAUCUACCAAGAUUAUAUAUCCCGCUGGUGGACUUGGAGGCAUCGGAAGUGGAGCGGACAGAGGCCUGCCUCGGGUUUGCGACGCGCCGGAAGUAGAGAACCAGAAGAAAGAUUGCCCCAUGGACCCGUAUAUGAUCGUUCAUUCCAAAUCGACCUUCACCGAUCACCAGACGUUGAAGCUCCAAGAAGCUCCUGACAUGGUCCCUGUUGGAGAACUUCCCAGGCAUAUGCUUCUCUCGGCCGACCGGCACUUGACUGGCAAAGUCGUCCCUGGGUCAAGGGUGAUUGCCACGGGAAUAUACUCGACGUUUCAGUCAGCUAAGAAUGUAUGUAAAAGCUCUGGAGCGUCAGCGUUGCGGACACCGUACCUUCGUGUCGUACAUCUCGAGUUGUCUUCACCAUCGGCUGCAAGCGGCUCGAACCCCUUCGGCGUCCAGUUCGCGCCUGAGGAGGAAGAAGAGUUCGGUGACAUGGCUCGUAGUCCAGACUUCUAUGAGCGAUUCGCGAAGAGCGUGGCUCCUAGCAUCUACGGCAGUCUAGAUAUCAAGAAAGCCAUAACUUGUCUGCUAUUCGGCGGGUCCAAGAAGAUUCUACCUGAUGGAAUGCGCCUUCGAGGAGACAUCAACGUGCUCCUGCUCGGGGAUCCUGGUACAGCAAAGAGUCAACUGCUGAAGUUCGUGGAGAAGGUUGCGCCCAUCGCUGUCUACACCUCUGGCAAGGGGUCUAGUGCCGCUGGUCUAACAGCCUCCGUGCAGAGAGAUGCCGUAUCUCGCGAGUUUUACCUUGAAGGUGGUGCUAUGGUUCUCGCGGAUACAGGAGUUGUUUGCAUAGAUGAAUUCGACAAGAUGCGCGAUGAAGAUCGCGUGGCAAUUCACGAAGCCAUGGAACAGCAGACCAUCUCCAUCGCCAAGGCCGGUAUCACUACAGUCCUCAACUCGAGGACCAGCGUGCUCGCUGCCGCCAAUCCUGUUUGGGGUCGAUAUGAUGAGGGUCGCAGCCCUGGCGAAAACAUCGAUUUUCAGACUACCAUAUUGUCUCGAUUCGACAUGAUCUUCAUCGUCAGAGACGAACAUAACGAAGCUAGGGACACUAUGAUAGCUAAGCAUGUUAUGAACAUCCACAUGAAUCGGCCAACCCAGAACGCGGAUGAGAAUGGCGAAACGGUUGGCGAAAUCGAUCUCGACAAGAUGAAACGCUACAUUGCGUACUGCAAAGCGAAAUGCGCACCCCGACUAUCUGCAGAAGCCCAGGAGAUGCUGAGUAGUCACUUCGUCGCACUGCGGAAACAAGUCCAACAAGUCGAACGAGACAACGACGAGCGAAGUUCGAUCCCGAUCACUGUUCGUCAAUUGGAAGCCAUUAUCCGGAUAUCGGAGUCGCUAGCCAAGAUGACGCUCACACCCGUGGUACAAAACCAUCACGUCGAUGAGGCAAUUCGUCUCUUCAAGUUUUCCACUAUGGAUGCCGUAUCGGCUGGAUCCGUGGACGGCCUGUCUCGCGGCGACCUCAACAACGAGAUGAGCAGAAUCGAGAAGGAGCUCCGGAGACGGCUGCCCGUGGGAUGGAGCACGAGCUAUCAGAGUCUUGUGCGCGAGUUCGUUACGCAACAGGGGUAUUCAAGCCAUGCUCUUGAGCGGACGCUCUUUGUCUUGGAGAAGAGGGAGAUCAUACGAUUCACUGGCCAGAAGAAGGUGGUGCAUCGAGUGGGUGUAUGAAGAUGGUUUGUCGGAUAUACCGUCCAUCAGCACUAGUUUUCUUCUUGUAUUCCUCGCUUGUAUAUUAGUG